AUGGAUCAGGGCAUGAUAUGGUCUUUUGAAUGUUCGUUUCGAAAGCAGUUACUGGAAUAUGUUUUGUCUUUGAUCGAAGAUGAGCAAGUUAUCAUGAAAGCCGAGGUAGACAUUCUCAUGGCCGUGCAUCUGAUUAAGAAAGCUUGGGUGUCUGUGCACCCGCACGUAUUGAUUAACGCUUUCAUGAAACCUGGGUUCAACUCCACAUUGAUUCUGCCGGUGAUGCAGCCACGAGAGGAUAAAUGA